GACUACUGACCACUUACGUUGCAGGUUGCUUGCCUCGUGCAGUUACCCAACUUUUACUGUAGCAAAUACUUCAUCGAUAUAUUGCUUCUACGAGUUUGAAAUAACGAAAAAUGUUCCGCGGUGCAUCGCGUGUACGAUCACACGCUCGUGUAAAAUCGGAGAGAAGCUAUUCAACACGCUCGUGACUUUCUAAAGUUCCUCUCUGGGGGAACAGUUGUAUUACUACGGUGACUUUACAUGUUGCAAUCAGUCGAGAGAAGCGGCGGGAAGCACUUUUACUAAUUUUUCAUCACCGCGUGUCUGAAUGUUAUAUCACAAACCUCGGGAGUGCGGGAGAUGGCGGUCAGUGUCGUGAGAUACCUCGUGUUCGUCUUCCUUGUUAUGCUACUGUAUCAUUAUAUAAGUGCAGAAACAACGUUUAAGGAUCUAUUUAAUAGUACUUCAUGCGCGAAACCACCCUACGAAUGUCCACAUCCACAGAUUGAAUUUUAUUUAUAUACCAGAGAAACACAGAAGAAACCUUUACGCCUAGAUGUUCGCAAGUUUGAUUCACUUUAUUAUUCUAAAUUUAAUAAAUCGCAUCCCACGAAAAUUAUUAUUCAUGGUUUUGGAGGAGGGAGAAAUUUAAUACCCAGUCCGGAUCUUCGAAAAGCAUAUUUCACGCGAGGCAAUUACAAUAUUAUAAUUGUCGAUUACGGUACGUUAGUACGCGAGCCUUGUUUGUCGCAAAUACAAUGGGGCCCAGAUUUCUGUUCACGAUGUAUUGCUCAAUUGGUAAGAUAUUUGAGGGAUCAUCCUCGAGGAACAAGAGUGGAGAACAUACAUGUACUUGGAUAUAGCGUGGGCGCGCAUAUAGCUGGUCUGAUAGCGAAUUAUUUGCCCGAUGAUAAACUUGGAAGAAUUACAGGUAGACUCGAUCCUACGAUAUUUUUCUACAUGAAUGGAAAUCGAUCGAUGGAUUUAGACGAGACGGACGCGCAUUUCGUCGAUGUAAUUCACACUGGUGCUGGAAUUUUGGGUCAAUGGGGACCAACUGGUCAUGCAGAUUUUUAUGUGAAUGGAGGCUCCAGCCAACCCGGAUGCGCGACAUAUUCCUUGCUCCAGACGCUGUCAUGCGAUCAUACAAAAGUGACGCCUUAUUAUAUAGAAUCAAUCACGACGAAAGUAGGAUUCUGGGCAGCUCCGUGUGGAAAUCUUUUUUCCUAUCUGAUCGGCUGGUGCAACCCGAAAUUCGAGGAGUACAUACUGAUGGGAGAAGACGCUCCACAUACAGCACGAGGCAUUUACUAUCUCUCAACAAACGCACACAAACCAUACGCCCGCGGCCUUCCCGUAAAAAACCAACGAACGACAAAUCGGAAACGAUCGUCCUCCCACCAGUAUUGAGCUUAUUGAAGCAACUAAUUAAUAUAAUUAUAGAAUAAUUAUAGUACAAGUAUUUGUUAUUUUUGUAUAGAUUGUACGACGUGUUAUGUUUGAAUCUGUUGUUUCUUUAUAUUUUUUAAUUAAUUUUUACGUAAUAAACUAUUUUGCUAGGCAACCUACCGUGAAUAACCGCAUACCAUUGGUAGCUCGCUGAUUCAUGCAUUUGUUCGUAUUCCAUAUUAUUAUAGUCUUCCAAGAACUUUCACUCUUUCCAAUUCUAACAAUUGUAUGUAAUCAUUCAUUUGUUUCAUGACCAUGAUUGUUCCACAUUCUUGUUAAUUUUAAAUCUAGUUUUUUUUACUGUCAUGGCUCGUUAUUUUCUUAAAUGAAGUGAAUGUAAAUCGGACUUCGA